AUAAACACACGUAUUUCGACUGUUUUCUUGACUCAGCUGCACUUAUAUACUGUACUGUUUUUUUCUGAUUUGCUCCCACUGCGGUUCGAAUCUAGUCAAAAAUGGAAGAGAAUUCCGACAAACCAAGUGAAGCCGAUCCAGUUCCACCAUUGGAUCCAACGAAAACACCGAAAGAAAUCUAUUUCGAGCUAUUGCGCGCCUGGCUUCAACAUGCCCAGAUGCAACAGCAGAUUCAGGCAUACUUUCCGUACUAUUUGAUGAACAACUAUCCCCAGUUGUUUCAACCAAGUGGAUCAGCAACGGAGGGGACAGCACCGGGUGUUUCAACCGCUCCCGCAGCAGCAAGUGCCGUUCCUGGGCAACAAGUCGCUGUUCCUGGGACCAGCGGCCAGGUACCGGCCCCGAAUGCAAACCAAAGAAGAGCGACAGAAAUUUUAGAUCCUGCACGGCAAGAGGAAAUUAUCAAUCGAAACGGGGGCUACGAAUACAUAAUUGCACCGCUUUGGAAGCGAUUUGUUGCGGAAGCGAUUGACAUAAUUAUUAUCUUUCUACUCAAAGUGAUGACAACGAUGGCCUGUAUCGAUUUUUUCGAUAUCGAUUUAUUCGACAUCGACUUCGACGCUAUACGGAACUCUAUUGAGGAAGACUACACAGAGUUGCUGUCGUUCACAUCGGAGCUAAUUUUUCUGGAAAUCAUUACCAAAAUUGCCGUUUGUAUUUACGAAACUAUAUGGACUAUCCAUGGCCAAGGACAGAUAGGUGGUGCAACGCCGGGCAAAAUGUUAAUGGGUAUUCGCAUUGUGCACGUAGAUGCGGUCGUUCUGCUGAAUCCACCCCAGCCUGGCAGGGUCGCGAAUAACAAUCAGAACCCCAUCAGGGCGCUGCUUUUUCCGGCAGCGAAUCCAGGGUUCAAGCGAGCGCUGUGCCGAUCGGUGGCCAAAAAUGCACUGAUUGCACUUUUCUUUCCUAUGUGCUUUCUGAUGUUCUUUUUUAAGCACAACCGAACCAUGUACGAUAUUAUGACGAAGACGAUCGUGGUCGAGGACAAUCCGGCACCGGUACUCCGCAGGCGCUAGAGACGGCCGCCGGUGGGUUUGAAACUAUUAGUAAUGAAAUUCCUAUUUUGCUGUGGCGUGUGUACAAAGUGAUGUAGAGCUGAAGAAUUUUUGUGAACAAAUUUUUGGCUUAUUAAAUAUGUAUAUUUUUAUUUGCAAUAAACGUACUAGUUGUUUA